CAGCGUUCUCUCCUCUCAUUGGCUGAUCUCCUCAUGCUACGCUAAGAUCGGGAAAUGUGCUUAACUGAGGAUUAACUAACCUGUUGCCACCAACAUAUCCCUCGAAAUAGGCGUCUUCCUAUAAUAGUAAUUGAACUGAAGGUUUGUCGUGUGCACUGAUUAGUGACUGUUAUUGUUAGCGGGCUGUACCGGCCAGUUAACUUCAGCUAGCCUGUUAGCAUCAGUGUAUUAUGGAGGACUUUAUACCAAAACACUGGAAUGAAUCACGACCUGGAGCUUUCCUGUGGGUCCAGUGACAGAUGAAAGAUGCCCGUUGAGAUGAACAGGAGAGAUGGCUCAGUCAAUAGGAGGAUCUCAGGAGGAACACACUUACACACACACAGACAAAACGGACAGUUCUGCUGCUGACGGUCCUGACAACCAGCGUCCGGAUCAUGGACAGAGCAGGCCAAGUGACCUUUCAGAGAUACUUCCUGAGGAAUACAUAUCAAAUGGCAAAUAUGAUGCUUCCUGGUACCAGGGUCCGUUCACCAAAUCCCUGCAGAGGGCCGAGGCUCUGUUUCGCACGCGCUUGAACCCCAGCCUGAAGUGGCUCAUGGGGCAGAAGAGCAGAGACGGCAGCUGGGACUCGGAGAGCGAGAGCUGUUCCUCCAGGAGUGUCCAGCGCUUGGGUCCGGCGUUACAGAGCCUCGGCUCUCAGUGCCUCACGCUCCGCGACCCGGCGUCAGGAGCCCGUCCCUUCGGCUGCGUCACAAACCUCUCUCUCUCCUCGUGCCCUGAGGAGUUUCACCAUCACUCCCAGGCUUCAGCGUUCUCCCAGCAUUACUGCCAGCUUCAGCAGCUGAUGGAGCAGAGAUCCCAGCUGCUGUUCCUCAGCGAAUACGCCCGGAGAACACACCUAGCCUCUUGUUUUGUAACUCAACUAGGUUUGGUUUUAGAAAGGACUCGCCUCCUGUUAGCCGACAGAGGGCAACCGAACUCCACAUGGAGCCUAAGCCUUAAAGCUUUAUGUCUGGAAAUGCAGGUUCACGUAAACCAUUGGGAUCUUCUCAGGACUAAAGCUCGGACUGAUCGCGGUCUCCGGCGUGUGCUUUUCAUCCGAGUCGAAACGCUCGCGUCAAUGCGGCGAACGCUUAAUCUGUUAGGCUCACAGGCGGUGUGGCUGAUGGAGCAAUGCAUUCACACGGCUCUCCGCGCCCUCGCCGAAGCCCAGCCGGAUCGUGUGCCUCGAGACGCUUUAGUGGACCUGCUGUGUGCCGUCGAGCUCUUCAACCAGAUCCUGCAGGACAAGAGGAGCUCAGGGCUCGACUCCGGCGCCAGACCGUUCCCCGUCGAGCGGCUAAUGAUGAUUCUGGCCCGGAGUCAAGCGAAGAAAGCCGCCGAGCAACUCUACACAUGGUCUUCCCAGCAGAGUAACCUCAUACAUAUCGCAAACAACCCUCGGUGCGUAUCAUCACCCGCGAUACACACACACACCGAAGCCGCUGUUGACGAGGCGUCCCGAAAGCCCGUUCACAGCCUCUGGUCCUCGAACCUUCCCUUCGCCUCCUUCAUCUCUCGAGACCGAGAGUGUCUCGAUACUCUCUUUCAAGUCCUGGUGACGUCCACGAAUCUCCUAGCUCCGCAUAUUCCCAGGAAACCAGCGUUGGAUCUGGAGGACUCGAUGGUGAUCUGUCGCCGGGCCAGUGAAGGCGAGGAGAGGCCUCUGAGCCGACCCAGAAUGCCCUGCAGGACGAUCAGUGUGGACCUGGGCCGGAUGAAGCUCUUCUCUCACUAUAAAGACCUGCUGUGGAGGGAGUUCGGGGAAGCAGUCGCUCGACACUUCCACUGUCAGUCGUGCAGCUGCGCUCUGGGAAGCCUCAACCUGUGGAGCGACGAAACGCUGAUGCUUCUGGUGUCGUGGCUCAGGCAUGCGUGUGUGGAAGACCUUGUUCCAGAAGAAUGUAAAGAAAGUUUGAGCAGUUUCUGCUCUCAUGUGUUGUCUACUGCCGCCUUCUCACGCUGGGAUGAAAUGAUGUGUGUGUCGCUGGGCUCGGGACUGAAAGAGAAGUGUGUUCCUGCAGUAAAGCACGAGAGAUGUGUCGUGAGAACGGCCACUAUGGAUCUGAUCCUCCAGCUCUUCCCUCCUCUACACACCGUCCUCAAGCUCCUGCCCGGUGAGCGAGGGUCCAGGAGUCUCCGGGAGACUCACCUGGGGCUGUUGUGCAGGUCAGUCGUCACCGUCCAGGCCUCCACUCUCUGGGUCAUGAGCAAAGCAUACCAGUUUCUGGCCUCCUGGUCCCUUAGUAAGUUCCUGCUGGUCACACAAGGAGAUCUCAAGGAUCUGAAGGACUCAGUGGAGAGCCUGGUCCAGCUCGCUGCAGCCGUCGGCAGAGACUCAGACCAGCGUCUGGUAGUUCAGCACACAGCCUCACUCGCUCAGGCUCUCACACAUCUACAGGCUUUCUCGGAUCUCGUCCUGAGGACCUUUUCUAUGGACUGUAAGAAAAUGUCUGUGGAGAUCUUCCAGCAAACCAUGCCGUCAGCAAAACACUGGAGGAUCAGCCACAGAACGGAGCUUCCCAGCAGGCCGAGCGAGUACGCAGCGUGUGCGGCUCAGAGCGUGAUCGGGCAGGUGAUGGAGAGCAUUCAGACGCUCCCGGAUGAAGCCCGUGUGCCUGCCCUCGCCGAGGCCACCACCGCCUUCAUGGAGGCCUGGAUGGAGCACAUACUCACACAGAAGAUCAAGUUCAGCAUCCAGGGCGCUCUGCAGCUGAAGCAGGACUUCGACUCGAUCCGAGACCUGGUUCGCUCGGAGGAGUACCGUCUCUCGGAGGAGCUGCUCCAGAAGCUGCUGUCUCUGCGUGUGUUUCAUCAGGUGGACAGUGCGAUCGUGUGCCUGCUCCAGCAGCCCGUGGCCAAACCCUACCUGCCCUCCCGCAGCUGGGAGCCCUUCAGACACUGCUGCCCGAACAGCGCUCAGGUGAUGGAUCAGGCGGCAGGAGCUCUCCAUAAUCUGGAGAGCAUGGAUGUGCAGGCGGCGUGGCACCAGGCCCUGACCCGAGCCGAGAGCUCGCUGACCCCAGACCUGCUGACCCCCCCGCCCGAGUCCUGCGAGUCCUACCUGGCCUCGGCUCAGCAGGAGUGGCUGGACCUGCGGAUACACACCGGCUCCCGCUGGAAGCUGCCGGGCCUGCAGUGCUUCUCCAGAGCCGAGCCCUAGCCGGAGACGGGCCGCAUCCGCCUGCCAAUCACAUCAGACGGACUCACUAACAAACA